UGGCUCGUGCGCGGGGGCCGCGCGGCAGGAGCGCUCCGCGGCGGGACGGGCGGCCCAGGGUCGUGCGCGGGCAGCGCGCGGUGGCGUGUAUCCUCCCGCCUUGAGGCCGGCGCGGCGGUCGGAGCAGGCCCUGCCGUGCCCGCGGGGGGGGGGCGGGCGGCGGGCGUUGGGGCCGUGUCCGGCCGUGUCUGUGGCGCGGCCGUGCCCGAGAGCGGCGGUUCGAGGGGCGGUGAGCCGGUGUUCUGCGGCCGGCCGCUCGGCGCCGGUCCCCUCAGGGCGGGCGGGCGGGCGUGACCUGUCGCUGCCGUUGCGGGGGAGCUGCGGUGGCCUCCCGCGCCGCUCCGAGCGGCUGAGGCGAGGGCCCUUCCCGAGUGUCUACCUGAAACCCGCCAUCAGAGUUCGGGGUGAAAUACGGGCCGUUCUCCGGAGCCGUGUCCCGGGCUGCGCCUCCAGUGCAGCGGCGUUAGCUGGUGGUCGGCUGAGGCGGUGGUAACAGGAAAGUGCCUAGAAUUGCUGUUUCUGCGAGCAGCUGCUGGUGGCUUUUGGAUUAGGAGAAAAUUGUGAUUGCUAGAGAAGGUUUGCUUUUCUGCAGUGAGCUCCUGAAAAAUCUCACGACGAGAUUAAGGUGCCUUUUUCAGCCUCAUCUUUCCAGAUGCCAAGCUUUGUCUGACUCUUCAGUUUCUCAUUGUUGAAGGAAUCACCUAAUCAGAUCGCUCCAGGAGGAAAAAAUACAACCUGGCCUGUGGUGAUACAGAUAAUAACUUGAUUUCACAAGAGCAGGGAAGAUAAUAGAAAGGAAGAUGCACUGGCUCUUUCCCAGCAAAUCAGUAGCAGUCACAUCCCCAAGGCCAUACCUCAGUCGUAGCACACGUUUGUGGCCUGCUCCCAGCUGGAGAUUUAGCACUCUAUUUCAUCCUGGGCUGAGGUUUAUAGACAUAAUGGCGACAUUAAUUCACACUUUAUCAGAUCAUAGUGAUGAUGUCAACUACUGUGCCUUCUCAUCAUCGUGCUUGGCUACUUGUUCCUUGGACAAAACAAUUCGAGUUUAUUCUUUAAACAACUUUGCUGAACUUCCGUACUCACCUUUAAAAGGUCAUACGUAUGCUGUCCACUGCUGCUGCUUCUCUCCAUCAGGGCACCUUUUAGCUUCAUGUUCUACAGACGGCACUUCCAUGGUUUGGGACACUCGUGAUGGCCGGAUGCUGGCAGUGCUAGAGCAGCCCAGCGGCAGUCCUGUUAGAGUCUGCCGAUUUUCUCCUGAGUCCACAUAUCUAGUGUCAGGGGCAGCGGAUGGGAGUGUAGUUCUUUGGAACACGCAGUCAUUGAAACUGUACAGAUCUGGGAAUGUUAAAGAUGGUUCUCUGGUGGCCUGUGCAUUUUCUCCUAACGGAAAUUUCUUUGUCACUGGAUCAUCGUGUGGUGAUUUAACCAUUUGGGAUGAUAAAAUGAGAUGCCUGUAUAAUGAAAAAGCACAUGAUCUUGGUGUUACCUGCUGUGAUAUUUCUUCACAGCCAGUUUCUGAUGGUGAACAUGGAUUCGGAUACUUCCAGAUGGCUUCUUGUGGUCAAGAUAAUCAGAUCAAACUCUGGCUUAUUUUGUUUGCAGAUUUCUUAGGUGUUGAAUUAAAAUAUAAAUACACAUUGAGUGGACAUUCUGCCCCAGUUCUGGCUUGUGCAUUUUCUUAUGAUGGGCAGAUGUUAGUCUCAGGGUCUGUGGACAAGUGUGUCAUAAUACAUGAAACUAGUACUGGCAAUACCCUUCAUACUUUGUCUCGACAUACCAGAUAUGUUACAACAUGUGCUUUUGCACCGCAUAGUCCCUUACUUGCCACAGGUUCCAUGGAUAAAACCGUGAACAUAUGGCAGUUUGACCUUAAGCAACCCUGUGCAGGAAAUACUGUAGAAAAUGAAUCUAAGGUGGCUGUUGAGGACUGGUCAGAGGACGAUGUUUCAGCCUGGCUUUGUGCCCAAGACUUAGCAGACUUUGUUGGGCUUUUCAAAAUGAAUAACAUUGAUGGCAAGGAACUACUGAACCUUACUAAAGAAAGUCUGACUAAUGAAUUAAAAAUUGAUGGCUAUUCCUACGAAAAGGAAGCAAUGGAAAACUGGAUCAGCAAUAAAAGACGAUCUAGUCCCAUGACAAAUCUUCCUCUCCACUCUCUCCUGCUUACACCAAACAGGACACUAAAAAUGGCUAUCAGUCGCUGGCUAGAGUCUCAGCAGAAAUACAGUGAAACCACUUAGGUCUGAAGUUGUUUGCUAAAAUUCAUUGAAAUGAAAUUGUAUGUAGCUAAUCCUAUCAGAAACAACGGGGAAGAAAAAAAUUGUGUUUCUGGUCUGAUCUGUGACUGUCACGUAAAUGUUUGUUAGAAAGCAAAUCUUCACUGUCGGAAGCUCCCAGGAAAAUCAGUGAAAAACUUUUAAGUUAUUGUUAAUUUCACUUUGUGGUAUUUCUGUUUAAGAAAUUAAGUAUUCAGAUUGACAAUUUUUCAAAUAAAGUUUUCUUAAUAUUUUCACCACA